UGUUUAUAGUUACUGAUACAAAGGAUUGGCCGGUGGAUAACCGGUGUAUGUUGAAUGUGCGUAGUUGAUAGACGUCGAGUUAGAAGAGCAGUGUAGAAGGGGAAACAAAAUGUUUGCGAUUGUGUUUUACGCAGCUCUGUUAUUUGCUACUACAGACUCUGCUGUUAUAUUUUUUGGAAACUUUGAAAAUGAAGUGAACAGAAUUGAAGAUUGGGCAAGAGAAAAUGCUCAUGAAACAGAAGAAUGGGUGCAAAAUGAAGACAAUAUGAUAGAAAAAUGGGCAAAAGAAAAUUCUAAUGAAACUGUAGAAUGGGUUCAAGAUGAGACAAAAAUGGGAGAAAAAUGGGCAAAAGAAAAGUUGGAUGGAGCUGAAGAGUGGAUACAGAAUGAGGCAAAGACUGUAGAAAAAUGGACCAAAGAAAACUACAAUGAAGCUGAAAAAUGGAUAAAGAAUGAGAAAGAGAUUGGAGAAAAAUGGGCAAAAGCAACAUUAAAUGAGGUUGAUGGUUGGGCGCAGAGUAAACUAGUGGAGACUCAGGAAGUUGUGAAAGCUCUAAUGCCCAAGUUUAGUAGUGACAAAUGUGUGUGUUACCAUCAGACCUGUGGAUGUUGUGUCCAUGCAGAAGAACCAGAAAUACAUUUGAAUAGCACAGUUUGUGUAAAUGUGACAUACCUGUCAGAAGAUUAUGGCAUUUCUUUCACUGUUACACUAAACAACCACACACUUUACAAUGAAACUGUAUCAGUAAGAAAUCCUCCUCCGGUAUGUGCGGGAUUUCCUUACGUGAAGGAAUUGGCAGAUAUAUGUAUACGGCUGUAUGACAUAGACGCAAAGAGUCGUACAUUUCAUGCUUGUGCACGUCUAGAAGCUCGUAUGAAAUUUAUCAUUAUUGCACAUUAUGAUCUUGGAUGUUUUACUAUUGGAUCAUCAUCUGUUGAGGAUUCAAAAAAAAAGAAUGGUUUAGGCACCCACCACCCAUCUGUAAUUCUGAUUUAAUGCAUAAUAACUUUUCUUUUAGAUGUAUGUAGUGGAUUUUUGUUACUGAAAAUAUCAUGACUUGUUCAUAUUGUCAAAGGAUUGUAGUUUUAGAUAAUGUUUAUAUGUUUAAGUGACUGUUGUUUUGAAAUUUUGAAGUUAAUUUUAUAUUAACACAUGAGAGCUUUAGUUUUGUUGGUGCUAAAUGAUUUGUUACGAAAUGUUUGAUUAUUGAUGUUACCAUUUUAAGUAAAUUUCUAUUAAGCCAAAGCAGAAUGAAUUAUUGCUUCUCGUGAGACUAAUAUAUAAUUUUAUUGCAUGACUAGAUGAGCCAGUAUUUGCUACUAUGUCUUGAACUGUAAAUGCAAGUGAGGGAGGGAGGGAUGAUUUAAGGGAAAUAUUAAAUUUUAUUUGUAGCAUAGAAAAUUAUUAUUAUUAUUAUUAUUAUUAUUAUUAUUAUUAUUAUUAUUAUUAUUAUUAUUAUAUUUUUUUCAUGUUUGAUACAGCAGUUGCUUAACGCAUUGAGAAUAAAUAACAGAUAUUAAUGUUUUCACAUAUUUUGAAAGAAAUUAAUAUAGAAGUCACCAAAAAUUCAGAUCGUUUUACGACUAAUUAUUACAAAACCUUAAUCUUUUACUCUCCAUGGCAAGACAAAUGUCCCAGUUUUACAAUAUUAAGAAUACAUUAAAUUAAUGAAGUACGUGUGUAACACAAGAACUCUACAAAUAAAAAUUUAGUGGUUUACACAUUAAAAUGGUAUAUCUUGAAGUACGGAAUAUUUGCAAUUGUCAAUACUUGAUAACAAUAUCGGAUUUAUUUACACUCUCAUUCAACUUCAGAAUGAUGAAAUUCACAAAUUUUAUACAAUGAUGUAAGAUGGUAAUCUCUCUAAGUUUUUGCUCUGAACAUAUCCAGUACCAAAACUGCAUUAUAGAGUUGAGCACAUGAGGAAAUUGUUCCAUAUUUUAAAUAAUCAAUAGGUUGGGGUGUUUGUCUACUUUCAUAUUAGUAUUGUAACGGGUGACUUCAUCCUCAAUAUUAAAGGUAUUCUGGUUUUCAUUCACAAAAUUCCUACAUAUUGACUGAGAACUUUCAUUAUUCCUAGGCAAGUAAGGACAGGUAUGCAGCGGCCCAGCUUUUUACGUAAUGUUAUAAUUGUAAUUGGUUUCUUCUGGAGCAAGAUGACACACUCUUUUGUAGCCUGAUGCUUGCCCCCCCCCCCCCCCUCCCCCCCCCCCCCCUCCUGUUGUAAGCCAUGGCUAACGUGACUUCGAAAGAGUGCAUAUAGGCACUCUUAAGAUACUGUCAGUCAUGGAGUAGAGAAGUUUCACAGACAAUUUGUUGUUUUUAACUUAAUUUAUUUUAAUUUUUUAUAGUGUUAAUAGGACUUUGUCAUACUGAAUAGUACAUCUGCUUCAGUAAUUACCCAAGUUGAAUCUUUCCCACUAAUGAUACAGGUUGUUUUAAAACUCUACAGUAAAACAAGAAGAAAAAAGUCUGAUGAACAUGGGCUCUAAAAUACAUACCUUAAGAGAUAGGAGCACUUGUUUGUAUUCAGUACUGUGAAACAUCUCUCUUAAAUUCAAAAAGUGCUCAUCGGCCUUAAGGUAUGCAUUUUGGAGUUGAUGCUUAAUAGACAUUUUUCUUCCUUCUUGCUAUGAGGUAUCCAUUCCUGAAGUUUUACCAUCAAGUUUUGAAACACCCUGUAUUACAUCAUCUGCAGACAUUUUUGCUGUAACUGUUUGUGCUCUCUUUUAUGUACUCACAGAUUGUAUUGUGGUGUGAUGCUUGUGUUGCUGAAGAACUAAACACCUUUCAAGCCACUUUCACCCAUAUAAUAUUGACUGUUGUUUAGUCUUUGAGAAACAAAGGUUGUGAACAAUAGUUUUAGGAGGUUGUUCAUUCUGACCUAGUAGUUAAACUAUGGAGUUUCCAGUGAAUCCGGUCUCAAUGUUCACUGAAUAGCAUUCCUUGUUCAUCAUGUGCUCCUCUAACAGGGAAUAACACAGUGACUGAAUCUUACGUUUUUAUUCUGUAUAGGCAUUUUAUCUGCAUUCACAUGCAGUCUGUAGUUUAUUUAUUUUAUGUAAAUAAUCCUGUUGUGUGUAUCACUAGAAUUGUUAUGCUUUCUGCUGGUGAUGUAUUGAUUCCAUGGUGCCAUUAUCAUUCUGUGAUAGAUUUCUUUUUGUGAUAAUGCUGUAUGAUACUACUUAGAAAUGUUUGCACAGAACAUUAUUGAUGUAACUGAAUUGUAAACUGCUAUGAUGCAUGGUUAUGUAGACUGUGAAAAGUUAUAUUUACUAUUAUUCUACACAAGAAUACACCUUAAAAAAAAUGUACCUUACAUUCUUGUGCUGUAUCGGAACAAUUUAAAUUUUGGUGCAGUUGUCUCGAGCUGUGCCAUAUUUAUGAUGUCUAUUAAAAUUGCAUAAAGACACUCCUUUCAUAGUCUUUGUUGUAUGGAGAUUUUUCACCUCUGUUUUGGUAAGAUGUAGAGAAUUCAUUUGUAGCAAGGAAGACACAUUUGUUACUUAAUUGAAAAAUAAGGAUCAGUCUAAAAAUAUUUCACAUGAAGCAUUUUUUAAUGUAAAUUUUUUCAUAAAACUUGUGUAAACUAUUCAAUUGUUCUAAAUGUGCAUCCUUAUUUUAUUCCAGUUCUUAAACUACUUAUGUUGUGAAUGAAUUAGGACUUUU